GCUUUCUGCAACGCAGCUUGGCUUGUGACCCUACCACUAAGCGCGCACAAUUAACGCUUUGGCCAGAAGCAGCCUGCGAUUAGAAGCAUCGUGCAUUGCGGCAAAGUCCAUCCAGCGCAAUCAUCUGCUCGAGAGAUGUGGUAGCAGACCUUUUCCAAACAAUCAGCAUAUUAUUGCAUCACGAAAUCACAGACUUUCUUAUUUGCCUUCUCACAGGAUUUCAAAGUGCAUUUCAGUCUACAAGUUUGCUCUUUCUUUCCCAUUGUCCUUGACGUGCUGACAAACUUCCGAUAUUGUUAUACUAACUAGAAUGACAAGCUUUCGCGACGAUAUAUUGAGGCCCUCCCGCCUUGAUGUACCGUCCAUCGUAGACUCCAGAGACGACAGCUAUGGAUGAAAAUCUUUCGCCAAGAUCCAGAAAGAACAAGAGAGCCUCUCUUCAGGAUGCCUUCCCAGGCUUGAAGAUCGACUCUGCCAAGGACACUGCCCCAGCAAGCGCAUCCACGCAAUCAUCCUCUGUUUUACGUUUGACUUCUUGUCUGGAAGGUUCAUUUAGCAAGGGAUGGCCACCAUCAAUUCGUAGCUCUGCCGCUCCGCAGACAGCUUCAUCAAGGUGAGAACAGGGAGAUUCUCAUUGGGCAGUAGAGGGAUUGACUCGAGAUGACAGCGCAGGAGCCUUCACUCUCCGGCUGGAGGAAGGUCACCGUGUGUAUGAUGAUCGAUGGCGAUUGGAUCAUUCAGUUGUUGAUACGGAGCUUGACGUGAAGAUCGAGUUCGGUGCUGCUGAACAGGUCAUGAACGAAAUUUCUGCCUUCAUCGACUCCAGCAAAGCCUCGCUCGAAGACAUUGAAGCAGUCAUCCUU